UUUUUGAUUCUAUUUUGGAAACCCAUAUCAAAGAUCAUAACCUAAACUACCUAAUGAAUAAAGUCUGUAGAGGAUGGAACUAUACCUCCAACCACUUGUCUGAUGAAGAUGGUCGCAUUGUGGUGAUCUGGAAGGACUCUGUUUCUGUAAAUAUUUUAUGUCAGUCUCGCCAAACCCUUACUUGUGAAGUCAAAAUUCCAAGCUCCAGCCUCUUUGUCUACACUGCUAUUUAUGCAUCGAAUGAAAGUACAGAGAGGGCCGACCUUUGGGUUGAACUAUUAAACCUCCAUCACACCUAUGCACUCUCAACUGUCCCAUGGAUGUUAGGAGGUGACUUGAACCAAAUCAUUCACUAUGAUGAGCACUCCAUUGCCUCUGUCAAUAGCUUCACUGCUAGGAUGGUUGAGCUGAAGGAUUGCCUUCUUCAAAUGGAGUUAUUUGACAUGAGAUUCCAAGGUCCUCUCUUUACUUGGUCAAAUCGCCAGCCUGAUGAUCCUAUAGCCAAGAAAUUGGACUGCCUACUGAUUAACAACCAUGUCCUGAACCUGUUCCCAAACUGCACCUCCUUCUUCCUCCCAACCUUUUUCUCAGACCACUCCCCAUGCAUCACUGACCUCUCCUUUACAAUCCCCUCCUCUGGAACCAGACCAUUUAAGUUCUUCAACUACCUAACCCUUCACCCUGAGUUUCACUGUGUGGUCUCUGAAACUUGGUCUUGCGCCGGAAGCAUUGUCUCGAACCUCACUAGUCUGUUUGUUUAUUGCAACUUGUGCAGGGACAAGUACUAACUACACCAACUUCGGAGCUCUUUGAGCAAGAUAAAUUAGCCCUCUAGAAGUGGAUCUUCCUACGUAAAAUAGAGGAGAUGUAUUUUAGGCAGCGGUCUCGGAUUAAUUGGCUAAAAGAGGGUGACCAAAACACUACUUACUUCUUCAGAAUCGUACAUACACAUCUCAACUUCAACACGAUACGUUCAUUUUCACUGGCCUCUGGUGUUCUGAUAGUUGAUCCCCUGGAAAUGAGUAGUCAUGAUGUUGGUCACUUUCAACGCAUCUUGGGUCCCCGAGUACUGCCCUUCACUGAAACAUCACCCCCCAUUUAGUUUCACUCGCUGUCAUCGUUCCUUUGCUCGGAAUCCCAGGCUGCUCAAAUGGUCUCCACUCCAUCUCCCGAAGAGAUCACAAAGACACUACUCAAGCUCAAACCAAUAAGGCUUCGGGUCCGGAUGGGUUAACUUCCGCCUUCUAUAAAGCUUCUUGGGACUUCCUAGGAUCAGAGGUGUUGCAAGCUCCGGGUCCGGAUGGGCAAACGCAGCUUUUGUGGUUGGUAGCGGUUGUUGGCGUUUUGCAAUAAUCACUCAAACCGUUCUAAAUCGCUUCAAACCGUUCUAAAUCUCAUAAAUUCAAAAGCUGGUUUUAUCUAGCGUUUACGGUUGCGGGAGGAUAAUUUAUUUUUUCUUUU